AUGGGUGAGUACAGGGCUGGGAAGUGGGCACUCCUUGCCAGCAACGGGGAGAGCAAAGGCUUUUGUUCUAUCCCCCUCUGUGCUGCCCCAGCUUGGCCCAGGGACUGCAGCGAGGUUCUGGUUGGCAGCCCCAGUGGUGUGUACAUCAUCCAGCCCACGGGACUGCACCCCAUCAUGGUGUACUGUGAGAUGAGCGGGGCAGACGGGGGCUGGACCGUCAUCCAGAGGAACCGGCAGGACACGGACAUCACCUGGGCAGAGUCCUGGAGCACCUACAAGCACGGUUUUGGGAAUGUGCACACUGAGUUCUGGCUGGGCACCGAGUACAUCCACCAGAUCACCAGGCAGAAGAUCUACCAGGUCAGGUUUGUCAUCUGGGAUGCUGCAAACAACAUGAAGUUCGCAGACUACAACCUGUUCAGCCUGGAUGAUGAGUCCCAGGGCUACCGGCUGAGGCUGGGAGCGCACUCGGGGACAGCAGAGGAUGCCAUGGAUUCAGACAAUCCCAGGAAAGUGCACAACAAUAUGAAGUUCUCCACAAAGGAUCGGGAUCAGGACACUUACAGAGGGAACUGUGCCUCACGCUAUGGGGGUGGGUGGUGGUACUCAGCAUGUUACUCUGUGCAGCUCAACGUCAAGGGGGGCCUGACGUGGGGCAAGCUGUGCAAGGGGACAUGCAGAGGCUCGGCCAUCCUCAUCAAACCAACUCCACACCCCUAG